ACAUCCCUGCCAAACUAACAGGCAACAAUGUUGCCUUUGUGAGCUUUGCUUGGUUGACUGUUGUGUGCUUAGCAUGGAGUCGUGUUACGUCUGGUGGCGUGACCAUGGGAAGUGUAGUGUCAGCGUAUUGUCAGCAAUUUUGAUUUGUUUAGUUUAAGUAGAAUAAGUUUUUGAUUUGAAUAAAGAAGUUAGUUCAUUCUAACUCACCAAAAGGCACACAAGUCUUUUUAUUAACUGGCGCCCAACCGGGUUUAUUUAAAGGAUUUACUUUGAAAAAAGUAAUCUCUGACCCAACCCAAACACAAAAACAAGAACGAAAACUACCCAAGUCGUCCAACUCGCACAAAAGGAAUAAGGUCUACACAAAAACCAGAACGAAAACUACCCAACGGAGGAUCUAUUUUGUAUGAAGUCGUCCAACUAACGCAAAAGGGAUAAGCUCUACACUCUAGAAAAGACGCCCUAAGAAGCUCUAAGGAUCCACUAACAUAUUAUAAUAUAAAACAAAGUCAUUGAACAAACCCAAGUCCAAGCCAUGGCUACAGACUCCGAUGCGGAAGUAGAAAAGGUUAAUGCCAAAAACAAAAAGAACAAACCUCCAAAGAAGCAAAACUCCAAGAAAAAACAACAAGAUUCCGAUGAUGAGGCUGGUAAUAGUGGCGAUGAGGUUGAGACCAUUUCCAAAGGUGUCAAGAAAUUGCAGGUAAAGAAUAAACCGGCAGCCAACAGUGACGAGGAUGCUGACGAUGCAGAGGAGGAACAAAGUGGCAAAAAGAAUAAGAAGAACAAGAAAAAGUCGGCUGCACCCAAGAAAUCGGCCUUUGAAUUGUUGAUGGAUGAUGAUGACGACGAUGAACCUCCACCAGCACCGCCCAGUGAACCCGAGGAGCCGGAAGAGGAGGAGGAAGCUCCCAGGGUAGCCAAAAAUGCUGGUAAAAAAUCCAAGAAAGCCAAACGUAAAGGCAAGGGGGGAGAUGACGAUGAUGAAGAUCUGGAUAAAUUGUUGGCUGAUAUUCAGGCUGAAUAUGCCGGCAAUGCCGCUCCCAAGGAUGUUACUGCAAAUGUUGUAUCACCCGAAGAUUUGAUUGAAGAAGAAUUUGGUGGUAAGGGUAAAAAGAAGAAUAAAAAACAACAGAAACAGGUCGAGGUUGAGGCCGCCGAUGAGCCUGAGGCAGAUGCCGGUGGAGAUGAAGAGGCAGAGGAGGGUGGUACUGUAAAGACUGCAGCCCAAAAGAAAAAGGAAAAGAAAGAAAGGCAAAAACGGGAAGCGGCCUUAGCUAAGCAAAAGGCUGCCCAAGAGCCUAAGCCAAAGCCUGCCACUGCGCCCAAGGAAGCCCACGUGGAAGUAGAGGCCCCCGUUGAAGCUGCUCCCGUUGCAGAACCGGAGAAGAAAGUAGAAGCCUCCAAUGAAGCCGAAACCGAGGCCACAGCUGCCGAAGGUGAAACGGAGAAGGGUGGCAAGAACAAAAAGAAAGGCAAAAAGGACAAAAAGACCGCAGCUGAGGAAGAGGAGACCAAGAAAGAUGGCAAGAAAAAGGGUGUCUCCGCCGCCAUGGUAGCGGCCAUGCAGGAACGUUUAAAGAAAAUAAAGGAGGAGGAAGAACGACAGCGUCAACUCGAAGAGGAACGUCAACGUCAAGAGGAGGAACGUGAACGUGCCCGUUUGGAAGCCAUUCGCCUGGAAGCCGAACGCAAGGAACGUAAAAAACAAAAGGAACAGGAGCGUAAGGCCCGUCUCAAGGCUGAGGGUAAACUUUUGACCAAGAAACAAAAGGAAGAUCGUGCCCGUGCCCAAGCCAUGUUGGAGGCUCUGAAGGCUCAGGGUCUGGAGAUUCCCGAUCCCAAUGAAAGGAGACCCGCCAGGCCGGGUACCCGCAUACGUCCCAAGAAGAAGGGUCCAAAUGCCAACAAUCAACAACAGAAUGACACAAAGACUGAGGAAACAACAACGACUCCCGUUGUCCAAGAACCCGUUGAAAAGAAAGAGGUUGUCAAAGAGUCCUGGGAUGCUUCCGAUUCGGAGGAGGAACAAAACGAUGACACAUCACAAGCCACCACCAACAAUGAUGAUAAGACUUCCAAUGAUAAUGCCCAAGAGGGCGGUGAAGGUGAUUCCGAUGAAGAUGACGAUGACAGUGCGGGCUCUGACGAAGAUGAUGAUUCUGAUUCAGAUUCUGGCUCCGACUCCGAAUCCGAUGCCAAGGAGGAAGCCAUUAAUUUAAAUGAUCCCGAAGAAAGACGUUUGCGUGCCGAACGUCGUAUCCUUAAACGUCAAGAUGAGGCUGAAAAGAAACGCACAGUUGAUAAUUUACGUGCCGCCGUUGUCUGUGUACUCGGUCACGUUGAUACGGGUAAAACAAAAAUUCUGGAUAAGUUGCGUCGCACCAAUGUUCAGGAUGCCGAAGCUGGUGGUAUCACCCAACAAAUUGGUGCUACCAACGUCCCCAUGGAUGCCAUCAAAGAACAAUCGAAGGUGGUGCGAAACUCCUCCGAUUUUGAUUUCAAACUUCCCGGCCUGCUUAUUAUUGACACACCCGGUCACGAAUCGUUCAGUAAUCUACGUAAUCGUGGCUCAUCGCUCUGUGAUAUUGCCAUUCUGGUCGUUGACAUUAUGCACGGUCUCGAACCGCAAACCAUUGAAUCCAUUAAUUUACUUAAGAAGAAGAAAUGUCCCUUCAUUGUAGCUUUAAAUAAAAUCGAUCGUUUGUACGAUUGGAAGCUGAUGGCCCGUCGUGAUAUACGUGAUGUGUUGAAGGAACAAGAGGCCAAUACUCAAGUGGAGUUCCAACAGCGUACCAAGGAGGUGAUUUUGCAAUUUGCCGAACAGGGUCUCAAUGCUGCACUCUUCUAUGAAAAUCCCGAUCCGAAAACCUACAUUUCCUUGGUGCCCACCAGUGCCAUAACGGGCGAGGGUAUGGGCAACCUGUUGUUCCUCAUUGUGGAAUUCUGUCAGAAAAUGUUGGCCAAACGGCUGAUGUACUCGGAGGAGUUGCAGGCCACCGUUUUGGAAGUUAAGGCCAUUCCAGGUCUGGGCACAACCAUUGAUGCCAUUUUGAUUAAUGGCAAAUUGCGUGAGGGUCAAACAAUGAUCUUGGCUGGUACCGAUGGUCCAAUUGUUACCCAAAUACGUUCGCUGUUGAUGCCGCAACCUAUGAAGGAGUUGCGUGUCAAGAAUGCCUAUGUUGAGCACAAAGAAGUGGUGGCAGCCCAGGGUGUUAAGAUAGCCGCCAAGGAUUUGGAAAAGGCAAUUGCGGGCAUCAAUCUACUGAUUGCCCACAAGCCGGAUGAGGUGGAGAUUUGCAAGGAAGAGGUUGCCCGUGAACUCAAGAGCGCUUUGAGUCACAUCAAGCUGGCUGCUACCGGUGUGUAUGUACAAGCCUCAACUUUGGGUUCAUUGGAAGCUCUGUUGGAAUUCUUGCGCACAUCAAAAAUACCGUAUUCCGCUAUUCGCAUUGGUCCCGUUGUCAAGCGUGAUGUAAUGAAGGCCUCAACAAUGCUGGAACAUGAACCACAAUUUGCCACAAUUUUAGCCUUCGACGUUAAGGUCGAAAAGGAAGCACAAGAAAUGGCCGAUUCGUUGGGUGUAAAAAUAUUCCAGGCCGAUAUUAUUUAUCACUUGUUCGAUAAGUUUAUGGCCUAUCGCGAGGAGCUGAAACAAAAGAAACGUGAAGAAUUUAAAUCCAUUGCCGUCUUCCCAUGUAAACUUAAGAUACUGCCACAAUUCAUCUUCAACAGUCGUGACCCCAUUGUUAUGGGUGUAAUGGUCGAAAAUGGUAUCGUCAAAGUGGGUACACCGAUCUGUGUGCCGAGCAAAGAGUUUGUCGAUAUUGGCAUUGUCACCUCCAUCGAAUCGAAUCACAAACAAUUGGAAACGGCCCGCAAAGGUCAGGAGAUUUGUGUCAAAAUCGAACCCAUACCCGGUGAAUCACCCAAAAUGUUUGGCCGUCAUUUUGAAGCUGAUGAUAUGUUGGUUAGCAAGAUUUCCCGUCAAAGUAUCGAUGCUUGCAAGGAUUACUUCCGUGAUGAUUUAAUUAAGGCUGAUUGGGCUCUAAUGGUUGAACUGAAGAAACUUUUCCAAAUUUUAUAAAUUGUUUAUAGAAUCGAUUGCAAUAUACAAACAUAUAUUUAUUUCCUGAUGAUGAUGCUGAUGAUGAAAAACUGACCCACGGAGACAGACAAAUAAACAAGAAGAAGAAGAACAUCAACAAUGCUUUCGUAAUUUUAAUAUUUAUACUUUUUUUGCGCCUGGAUUAUUUAAUUUGCCAAAAAAUCAGAAGGUCCUGGCCCUUGUCGCCUUAAAAAAAACAACUAUGGAUGAAGAUGACAAGCCAACUGCUGGCUGCCAGGAUUCGUGCAAACAAUUAUAAGUUUCCUUUUUUAUAAAAAAAAAUUUCUUCCAAAAAACUCAACACAAACAAACACACACAAAUCAUAAAUUGA